AUGCCCAAAAAGCGCAAACGUACCUCAACCGGCGCUUCGGUCCAACACCUCGACACCGAUCACACCUCAUCUUCCCCCUCGAAACACCUCAACCUCAGCGCCUAUCAUCCGGACCUCGACCUCGCAUCCUUCCCGGCGUCUUCGCAAUCGCUAUACCGCUCGCUUCUGCCACACUCUCUCGUGCACCCGUCCGCAUUUCCACCCAAACUUUUGAAAUACUGGCGUCAUCGACACUCGCUGUUUUCGCUGUACUCGUCCGGAUGUCUGCUCGACGAACAAUCGUGGUACUCUGUCACACCCGAGAGCGUUGCUUUCCGUAUCGCCAAACGAUGCGCCACCGACGGCGUCAUCGUGGACCUCUUCACAGGCGCAGGGGGUAAUGCGAUCCAGUUCGCAAUGACGUGUGCCAAGGUAAUCGCCGUCGAGCUCGACGAGCUCAAGUUGAACAUGGCUCAAUGGAACGCCGAGGUGUAUGGCGUCAAAGAUCGGAUUCUUUUCAUCCACGGCGAUAGUCUGCAACUGCUCGACACGCUCCUUACGUGGAGAAAGCAAAGCCCCAGCAUCAGCCAUCAGCAGGACGAGCAAGUGUGGAAUGGCAUCAAAUCGAGCGAUCUAGACGCGGUACAUGCCGUGUUUCUCUCACCACCCUGGGGUGGAAUCGACUACGCUCAGCCCACCACCACCGACCAGAACCCAGAUACCACUUCAACAUCGACAUCCUACUCGCUCACCUCGAUCCAGCCCGUCGACGGCGCCACCCUCUUCUCUCGAGUCUGCCAAGCAUUUCAUACCACCAACAUCGCCUACUACCUACCACGAAACACGUCGCUUCAACAACUCUCACACCUCGCCCUACAGCUCGACCGACCCUGCAAACUUGCAAGCAGCACCACCCAAAAUGUCAACCACAACAACAACCUCAAAGUCGAGUAUCAGUACGUAGACCACGGCAGAAAACUCUCCAGCCUCACCGCUUACUACGGCGCUCUAGCCACCGAUUGGGACGACAGCACAGACGAUUGGCGCCAAACAUGA